UCUCCACAAAGAUAUAUCUCUGCAACCUGUGAUGAAUAUACACGCCAGAGAGGUCGAGCUAGUUCAUGGAGGAACAUUCAACACGUACGGAACGCAAAUCUAUUGGAAGUCCUGCUUCACUGUGGUGGUUUGGUGAAAAAGCCUGAAAGACGAGUUCCAAGCGUAUUUAUACCCUAAGAGCUGCGUUCCCGGAUCGACAAAAACCACCGAGAAACACGUAAAAGUUGGAGGUUGCUUGAAGGCAACGCGGCUGUGGAUAUGGUCUUAAGAUGGAGACUCCCCUCUGUGCUUAGUAUUUGUCGUCUGCCUGUUAUCAUUAUCGGACUGUUGCCCUGUCUAGUUUUCUUGUUUUUACUUUAUGGAACAGCAAAAAACUUGGCAUUUCUGUCAGAGGAGAAAAUCGUACCUAGUUUGAAGACUGACUGUACGACUUAUGCAUGGGAUGAUGUUCCAAAAGACUGGGCACAGCUCAUCCAAUCACGAAGGCAGACAGCUGAGCAGACGUGUGUCAAUGACCACCCUGUCAGACCGUCUGCCAAACAACAGAUGUUCAAUCGGUCCAUUGUCACCGACUUCAUGUUCGUUGACGAUCGUCAUGGGAUAAUAUGGUGUGAGAUUCCGAAGAUCGGCUGCACAAAUUGGCGCCGUGUGCUGCUAGCUCUUAAUGGAAACGUUGACAAAACAAUUUAUAAUAAAAUCGAAGGUGGGCGUGUCCACGGGCCGCUUCGCCCCUUUAUCCCCGCCCUCAAAGGAUUCACAGACAACGGUAUAGAGUUUCGCCUUAAAAAUUACCUAAAAGUGAUUUUUGUCCGUCAUCCUUUCGAACGACUCGUUUCAGCGUUCAAGUCAAAAUUGGAAGGCAGAAACGAAUAUUACAGUCACGGAGUUGGGCGUGAAAUUGCCCUGAAAUUUGAAAAAGAGAUUAACCUCGGUGCCCUGAAAACAGGUCUAGGGAUUUCCUACGACGGUUAUGCACGGUAUAUUGUUAAAAAAGCCAAAAACGAAAAAGUUGAAUUAGACCGCCACUGGAGGCAGUACCAUAAACUGUGCAAUCCCUGUGACGUAAACUAUGACGUCAUAGGUCACUACAGCUCCAUAGAAGAGGACGCUAACAAUGUACUGCGGUUGGUGAGAGCGGAUGAAGAUAUUCAGUACCCAAAAUCCCGACAAAAUACGAGCAGCUCCAUCAUUUGGAAAGAAUACUAUAAAAAUGUCUCGGAAUCCCUUUUGCAGAAAUUAUGGGACGUUUAUAAAGUGGACAGUGAGAUGUUUGGUUACGAAAGAGAGAUUUAGUUCUUAUAUACUGUAGAGUAAGAAAACAGGCAGCAUAGAAUAGUAGCAGUUCUAUUCUCAGUUUUUACAUACAACUUGGAUGAUUUAAAAACUGUUCCCACUUACUGAUUAUCGUGAUCGAAAAUGUGCAGACUACAACAUAAAUAUCCAUUUUUGUUUGCACUUGUACAUGUCUCACACUUGAGAAUAAUUUGAUAUAAUUCUACAUUUUCAGUUUAAUCAUUUUAAGUACGUAUUUUUAUGCAAUAAA